AUGAGUGCCACGAACCAAACGCCAGCCAGUGUGCCGACUCCCGAGCCCGCCGCUCAGCCUCAGCCCGAGACUGAGACCGAACACGGGGUUGUCAUUGCGGCCGAGGAGUUCACAGACGACAACUCUUCUGUCCACCAGAGUAUAGCUUCCUCGACAACGAGUCUGAGCAGCUCCAUCCUCGAUUAUAGAACCGAGAAUGGAAGGACGUAUCACAAAUACAAGGACGGCAAAUACUGGAUCCCGAAUGACGAAAGAGAAAAUGAGCGGCUUGGCCGCUGGCCAGAUGUUCAACACAACUUAUUCGUCCGUACUUUCCGAGGUCGGCUGGGAAACGCUCCACCCACCGAUCCGGGAGCCAAGGUCGGACGGGUCCUAGACAUUGGGACGGGCAGCGGCAUCUGGGCCAUCGACUUUGGCGAGGAGCAUCCCGAAGCUGAGAUUCUCGGUGUCGACCUUUCUGCCGCGCAGCCAGAUUUGCUGACUGCAGAGAAAAGUGUUCCGCCCAACGUCCGCUUCGAAAUCGACGAUGUCGAAGAACCUUGGAUCUUUUCGGAUCGUUUCGAUUACAUCCAUAGUCGAAUGAUGACGUGGAGUAUUUCCAACUGGAAGAAGCUCUUCAAGCAGUGUUAUGACAACUUGAACCCCGGAGGAUAUCUAGAGGCAAACGAGGGUAACAUCGUCCCCUUAUCAGACGACGGAACCCUCAAAGACGACUCGGCGCUCAUGAGGAGUGUACGCCUCUGGGAAUCGGCCGCCGAGAUCUUUGGCCGUCCAUUCGAGGACACGAGACGCCUCAAGGACUUCAUGGAAGAAGUAGGCUUCGAGGAAGUUCACAUUCUCAAGUACAAGUGGCCCACAAACACCUGGCCCAAGGACCCUCACUACAAGGACCUCGGCGCGUGGAGUUACGAGCACGUCUCGCUCGCCUGGGAGGGUUUCCUGAUGGCGCCUCUGACGCGAGCGCACAACUGGACGAGGGAGGAGGCCCUCGUGCAUAUCAUGGAGGCGCGGAGGGACUUGUCGGAUAGAACGAUCCAUGCUUACUUCAACGUCUGGUCUAUUUACGGAAGGAAGCCUCUGAAGGCUGAUGACGCAGAAAUUUGA